AUGUCAGAACCAAAAGACCUACAAGCUGGUUUAACGGAAAAGUCAUCGAUGGCUCUAGAGGCUCCUCCCAUAGCACACGAUGCAGUCUUUGGUGAGAUCACUGAAGAAGGGCCGAAUUACCGCGACGUUGGAUGGCUAGGAACCGUGGCUCUCAUGCUGAAGACCCAAUUUGGGCUUGGUGUUCUAUCCAUCCCCCAAAUCCUUGACUCACUGGGAUUGAUCCCAGGUAUCAUAUGCCUGCUUGCAGUUGCAACCAUAACCACCUGGUCGAACUACGUUAUUGGUACUUUCAAAAGGAGGCACCCAGAGGUGUAUGCCAUCGACGAUGCAGGAGAGCUGCUGUUCGGCCGAGUAGGCCGUGAGGUCUUGGGUAUUGCGGUUUGCAUCUACUGGAUUUUUUGUUCUGGUUCCGGGCUAUUGAGCACAUCGAUAGGGUUGAACGCUGUUUCGGCCCACGGGACAUGUACGGCUGUCUUUGUUGCCGUGGCUUCAAUCGUUUCAUUCAGCCUGGCCAGCAUCCGCACUUUGGGGAAAAUGAAAUGGGCUGCGUGGGCUGGAGUGGCGUCCGUUUUCACGGCUGUUAUGAUAGCCACGAUCGCAGUCGGUAUCCAGGAACGGCCUUCGGCUGCGCCCAAGGGGGACGGACCCUGGGUAUCGGACUACAAGCUUGUUGGCAAUCCAUCGUUCGUCGAGGCAAUUACAGCAGUCUCGUCCAUCGUCUUUGCGUACGCCGGUACACCUGGCUUCUUUCCUAUUGCCGCAGAGAUGCGCGAUCCUUCACAGUACACAAGAUCCCUACUUAUCUGCCAGACUGCUCUAACUUCGAUAUACAUCGCUAUUGGUACCGUAAUUUAUUACUAUUGUGGCUCAUACGUUGCAUCACCAGCGCUUGGAUCUGCCGGUACCUUAAUCAAGAAGGUCGCAUAUGGCAUCGCACUUCCUGGCCUGGUGGCCAGUACGGUCAUCGUUCUUCAUUUCUCAAGCAAAUACCUCUUCGUCCGCAUCUUACGAGGAUCCGAACAUCUAACCGCCAACACAUUCAAACAUUGGGCAACAUGGUUGAGCUGCACUUUCGCCAUUACGGUUUCAUCGUACCUCAUUGCCAGUGGCAUCCCCAUCUUUUCCGAUCUGGUUUCCCUCGUCGGCGCCCUACUGGGAACGUUCAUGUCCUUCCAGCCGAUGGGCUGCAUGUGGUUAUAUGAUAAUUGGAAAAGUGGCAGAGAGCAACCAACCCUCAAAUGGAUGCUCCUUUCGUCCUGGAGCAUCCUAGUCAUUGUCUCUGGAUCUUUCUUGAUGGUUGCUGGAACCUAUGGAUCCGUCGUCAAUAUUAUUGCGUCUAGCAAGGCUACUUCAGGUUCUUCUGCGUGGUCUUGUGCUGAUAACUCGAACUCGUGA